AUGCCAGAUGAGAUUGUUAGGAGAGCUGAUCAUGGUGAUGAGUUCAAGAGGGAUUUCCUGUUCUACUUUGAUCGAGUAGAAUUCAAAGGAAUGAAGAUCAACAGGACAUACCCUAGCAUACUUGCUUGGACAACCACGCUUGUAAGAAAGAGAGUCAAGGCUGAAAAAAGGGCUGGUGGGUUUGGAAAGGGAAGGGUUAUCCCUAGAGUUAAGAAGCCAAGGACUGAUGCUACCACCUCACUGCAACAACCUGCAGGCACUGCUGCUGCUACAACCUCACUACCACAACCUGCAUUUACUGCUGCUGCUACUACUUCUUCUACUCCUGCUACUGCAACACCGACACCAACUACAAGUGAGCCACUCUCAAGUGUUGAUCGGGUGACCCGUGUGCUCCAAAAGCUAGCAUCAGAUGUCCUGGAGUUUGGUGAAGCUAUGUCUGAAAUUGGAAAGCAGGGCGCACCUAUUGAAGUCAUGAAGAAAGCGUUCUCAGGGAUAUCAAACAUGCUAGGUGCUGCAAGCGCAAUUGAAUCAACUUCCAUUCCAACUGAAUCUCAGUUGGAUGACAUAUUCUUUGGGAGUGAAACUUUCACCGCUGCAGUGGAUUCAUUGGUGGAAGCAUUUCAGAAGACAACAAGAACCAUGGAAUUUGAAGCUCCAUCAUUUGAUUUGGGAAUACACUGCAAUGAAUCGCAACCGCAGCCAUGUGAGCAACACACAGAGCAAGUAGUUGAAGAGGACCUACCAUUGGAUGCUUUGGUUCAACAAAUUGGAGAGGAUGCAGGACUGUCAACGACCUUGGAAGCACAAGUAACUCCUCCACUUGUUAGGGUCCCAUUUCAGAGAUAUGUUCGUCAUGCCGCUGCUACUGAUGCUGAUGUUGAUGACUUUGAUUGUGCCAUGCAAGAAAGUGAGUCUGAUGUUGAUGACGUGACUGUUAGGAUGAGACCCCAGCGACGAUUCAGGAACAAACCUCUUUGUUUGAGGUCACCAUACUGGACACAGAAUGCAGGUUUUAUACGCACUACAACUCCACGGGAAAAAAUCAUUUCAAACUAUGCAUUCUUGAGUGUGUCUACCGAACACCCAGAAGAGUAUGUUUGA